AUGGGGAGAAUUAAGAAGGUGGCGGGCUCGAAGCAUGAGGCUACAAUUUCACCGUAUAUGUCCGAGUUCGUCAAACUCGCUACUGGUAUAUCGCUCGCCAAGCUUCCAUCACACCUCGCAACUCUUCCACGCACGUGGCCUUUCCCUCGAGGCGACCUCUAUCACUGGAUACCUCUCCUGGACCGAUUCGAUGACAUUUUGACCAAAGUUAUCGAUCAGUAUGGAUUGAAUGCUGGCCCUCAGACUGUUCCAUUCCAGCGACUCGUCUUGUCUGACGCCUUGAAUGCCGAGGGGCUCAAGGACGAAGCUGAGAUCAGCCAAACGCUCGACUCUGUUGGAUACGGACCUGAGGGUGACCGAGAGCUUGUGGAGUCGAUCCUCGAUUUUUCACAAUUGCUACAGGAAAAAUGUGGAAACCGCAGUCUCUAUAACAGCAGUGACCGCUUAAACGAUUUAUUAAACACGACUUCGAAUACCCUUCUGUUGAUUACUCUUCGCCUGGCUCUCUGCCUGGCUCAACGAUAUCAUGCUCGACAGCGUAACGCUAGCACCACUCAUUUCCAACAAGCUUUAUUGGCUGCACACUAUAGUAUUGAUUUGGAAAAGGUUCAGAAACUUGCAUCGCCCUUCCCCCAGCCGACAUCAUUGACCAAGCCUCCGACCGCACCGUUUUCGCCCGCGGCCGAUACCAAAGACAAGGAAAAGUCUCUGCUAACUGGGCAUGACGCUAAUGAUGUUAUUAAUUUGCUGCGAGAGAAGACUGGCUGGGAAGAAUGGGGGAACGUUCGCGCAGUAUAUUAUCCCUCUAGCGCUUCGGAUCAGGAAAAUCCAAAGCCAGACUCUCGCCAAAGCGAACAGUUUCAUUCUCAGGCACCUACGACUCCUACACCACCACGGAGAAGUGCGACUCUUCCAACGCCUCGUCUCGGUCGGACGAUUAGCGCCGAAGAUUCCCCUUUAAUACACGGCACUACACCCUCUGCAAAACCUGCAGAUCUACCCGUUAACUCUAGAUCCGUUGAAGUCCCCGCUGUGACAGUCACUUCGACCGAUAUCGAGGCCAUUCUCGAUUCAAAGCUGUCCGAUGUACCGUCCGAUUCCAAGUAUGACUUUCUCCACAGAGUACGAGUCGCUCGCUCCUUGGUCACUUCUGAGACCACUCGUGAACAAAUUUUGUCAAUUCGCAUUCUCGCACUUACCAACUUAGCCUAUAUCUACCCCGAGGCUAUAAUGCAACAGAAGAUUUUGCAGCAAGACUCAGAUCAGCCCAAGCGAUUGCAAUCAGUGUAUCAGCUUGCAGAAUUGGCGCACCUUGGCGCUAGUGGGGACCUCCCAACUUUGCGAACCACGCAGACUUUCGCUUUGUAUGCCCUUGAUGCCCUGACGAAACACAAAGGAAGAUCUGCCGAUGUUUGUGCUGCCCUAAACGUCAAUGUGAACCACGGUAUCCUCAUGUUCCUGACCCGAAAGGCUAUCACCGAGCUCUCUACCGAUGAAGAGGGUGGGGAUGAAUCGGAUGAGUGGCGAGACGCACUGUUUUUGCUGCUAAGGACAUUGCCGGGGUCGAGUACACGAACGCCAGAAACUCUCAUUGCAGCUGGUUUAAUUCCUAUGUUUGUGGAUGUGCUGAAUCUACGCACUGAGAAAGCACGACGUGUAUAUCCACGUGUCCUGGAAUUUCUUGAUACCUUUGUACACGCUGUUCGGGACGCUCUUGGUACCCUGGCGACUGCCAAGGGCUUUGACGCCAUUUCAGACUUGAUAGGGCAUGAGACAAAAUCGGCUUUUGACAAAGUUAAUGAAGGAGUAGGCAUCCCGGCAGAAUUCCGCACCCCCUCAGUCGAUUACAACAUACCGUAUUUUCAACAACAAUCGUUGAGAUGGCUUUUUAGAUUUGUCAAUCACAUAAUGCAACAUAAUGGUGGAGGGUUCGACCGGCUCUUGCGCAACCUUGUCGACUCUCCUCCAUUGUUAACGGCGCUUCGUUUGAUUUUCGAGAACGCCUGUGUUUUCGGAUCUCAUGUGUGGAGUGGUGCAGUCAAUAUCCUUAGCAGUUUCAUUCACAACGAGCCUACUAGCUACGCUGUCAUCGCGGAAGCAGGCCUCAGCAAGAGCCUCCUAGAAGCAAUUAUUCUCGAAAACCUUAAGGUUCCGGAAACUAAGGAGCCUACCACGACGCUUGAGGAAGGAGAAUCAACUACUGAACCAAGCGACUCAUCUACCGGUCGCCCCCCUGCACCAAAAGUAAACUACACUCUUGCCAGAGGCCAGGAACAGAAGCUGGCUCGUGGAAUUCUGCCUGCUGCUGAAGCUAUGUCAUGUAUUCCGCAGGCAUUUGGAGCGAUCUGUCUAAAUUCUGCGGGCUUGGAAUUGUUUCAAGCGUCUGGUGCUCUUGAUAGUUAUCUCGAGAUAUUUGAGAGCCCAGCACAUGUCAAAUGCAUGGAUGCUACUCUCGUCCGCUCACUGGGGACUACAUUUGAUGAGCUUGUUCGGCAUCAUCCGGCUCUAAAAGAAUCUGUCAUGUCAGCUGUUUUGGUUAUGGUCGCUCGUGUGGGAUUGCUGUGCAAGAAGAUGGCAUACAAUGGCGCUGGUGCCAAGUUGUGGACCAAAGAUGAACAGGGAAACCUGUCUGUCAUCGGUGGUAAACAUGCUUUGCCAAUUGAGAUCGGCGAGCCUUUUGAGGCAACAACAGAACGUGAUGGACAGUUCUCUUACCCGCCAUUGCAGGAAGUGACGCUUCCUAAUGGUGGAACCCUUACGCUUGGUCAAGUUCCGGAGACAAAGCCACCUACGCCUCAGAAUACCUCACCAGAUGCGGAUGAAUGGGGUCUCACAGUUGCAAAUUACAUUUACCCCGUUAUGCGCUUCCUGGGUGCAUUCUUUGAAAACCAGAUCAACUGCACGUAUUUCAUUGAAACAGGGGGCGUGGAGUUCGUCCUAGACUUUGCAACUCUUCCUAGCUUGUCAUCUGAUUUCCAGAGCCGCCAGGCCAAUAGUGAAUUCGCCCAGUUGGUUCACAUGAUGGCUGAAACUAAACCACAUCUUGUGCUCCCCUCUUUAAUAAAGCGGACUCAAGACUCUGUUAACCGUCUUGCUGAUUUCUGGAAAGAGCCUACCGCCGACGGCUUUUUCACGCCGUUGACCAAGCCAGACCUUGGCGAUUCAAACGAAAGCGAUAGCGGAGAUUUGAUUUGGAGUCGAGGGACAUAUUACCUUAAACAUCUCGUCGCAGUUCAUGUUUUGACUGACACCCUACGUGAGGUCUAUACACCGCCGAUAUACCAGACGCGUCCUAGUCAACAAACGUCGGCCUUCUCUCAAGUUAAUCUGACCGAUCAAUAUGCGGCUCUUAUCACAGACUUGGGGCAGCUUCACGCUGCCUGCGUUUGGGAAGAAAUACUGUUGCAAAAGAAUCUUCCCAAGCGCUGGCUUGAAGCUACAAAUGUGCGCAGCUACGACUUGGGAAGCGAUGAAGCCAACAAUGCACUUGGUUUGUCUAGUGAUAACACACAGCGGAAUGCAGCUCCUGAUACUGAAGAGGAGCGGCCAGCUUCAGCCGGCACGACAGCUGAACCUGAGAGAACUUCUAAUUCUGCAGUGCCAGCAACGGCGGAUGAGGGUGCUCGAGCUGGAGAAGAAGAAGACCCCCCGUUUAAGAACACACAGGCUCUUCGCUACCUUCUUAGUUCUUUACCCACGACUAUUACGGGAUACUUCCACCUUCUUGGGCAUGGAACUCUUGUGAAGCGCCGUAAUGAUCCUUAUGUCAAACAAAAUGCAUUGUUGGUUGCGGACGCCAUUGCUGGAACUGUGCUUCGUCAAUUGCAGUUGGGUGCUCCUAAUAGAGCUUCGGGUGUCAAAGAGCGGUUUUCUUAUCUCAUCGUCAUCCUAUCCGCCUUCUCACAGUUGUUGUUCGAAACACCUGUAGAGCGCUCCCAUUCUCAUUGCCUUACGUCGAUUCUUUUUGCAUUCAAAAAGCAGAAUGGAUUGAAGGUGAUAAAGAAUCUCUGUGAACUGUUUUUGCAAGAAAUCAAGGAGCUGGCUCCUCAAGUUGGAAAAUUUGAUGAUCCCAACAAGUCAUCUCGCCUUGCCUCUGCUUACGGGGGGAUCAAAAUUAUCUUGUCAUUUUUCUCAGAGAUUACUUCUGCUCGAGAGUCAAAUCACCUUCAAGCAGGCGGCGAAAAUACUCGCGAGCCUUUCAACCCAGCCCAAUUCUUAGUAGAUUUGCGCAUGGAGGUUCUCCCGAUGGCGAGAGAGUUGUGGUGCUCUGAUUUCGUUGAUCAGGCCUCGAGCUCGAUUUUGAAAUGCUUGGUAGAUAUUCUUCGCUCCACUCUGGAUGGGGACCAUGAAUCUGGGGCAGCGACUCAAAAGAAUCGCAGUUUUGUUGCAGAUCCUCCUAGGAGAACAAUGUCUCUUAACCGGGACCGAGUGACUAUGCUCAUAGAGCGAGGAUUUGACACGGAACUAUCUCGCGAGGCGCUCUACCGGUGCAACAAUGUUUUGGCUGCUGCGGAAGAUUACUGUCGAGCUCAAACUUGGCUUCGACCACCUCCGCGAUUCUCUCCUGGCUCAGAUCUCGAAGCCACAACAAGGACUACAGGUGCGACAGAAGACACUUCGGUAGCAGACACCCCCCCUUUCAAUAACUUGACGGUGUCUGACCGCAAUGCUGCAUUGGCGCGAUUAUUUGGCGAAGGUUCGACUCGCUUCACGCCCGGUGAUGGAAAUGAGAUCGGCGAACAUGAAUCUGGCCACAAUACUGAGUUCUUGGCGAGGGCAUUGAACCACAUCUUCAACGAUUCAGAAACCAUUGGCAAUGACCCUUUGGAGGAAGCCUCUCAAGAAAGCCGCCGCGUCGCACCCAGCGAGUCUGUAGCCCAGCCAACUGACCGGCGGCGCGAGGUCACGACUAUUGGAGAUCUUGAUGUCGAACGUGACAAGGUUAGGACGAAUUUGAUUGAACGAUGCCUUGAUGUUCUAAAUAUUCACCACGAUGUUACGUUUGAAUUGGCAGACUUAAUUGCUGCUGCAACGAAGAAACACCGCGAUCCCGAGGGAUUUCGAAAAGAAGUUGGCGAGACUUUGGUACAAUCACUGGUUUCACUACAGAUGGAGGGCGACCUUCAGCCAUCUGGCAAAAAGAUUGCAGCUUAUGCUAAUCUGUUGGCCUUGGUUCUUCAAGACAAAUAUAUUUACACUGCAACAGUGGACGAGUUGAAGGAUUGUUUUGUGACACUGCUUGGGUUCAUCAAAAUACCCCCAUCUGACAAGCCAACUGAAGAAACGUCUCCGUGGAUUGGACAAGUUUUACUUGUAAUCGAGAAAUUGCUGUCAGACGAUGCCCAACCUCCUCAAAUCCGUUGGACUCCUCCUCAGAGUGUCGACGACUCCAUCGAUUCCGGUGGUGCUGAAUUGGAACCGCCUCUUCUAGCUUUGGACGACAAGAUUCAGCUCUUCGAUGCACUACUGGAUAUUCUCCCUAGAAUUGGGAAAGAUAAUUCCCUCGCUCUGUCGGUCUGUCGUAUCCUUGUUGUUCUCACAAGAAGCCGCCAAAUCGCAGUACGUAUGGGUGAAAAGCGUAAUCUUCAGCGUCUCUUCGUCAUGAUGAAACAGCUUUCCAGCUCUGCCAACGACAAACUGCAAGGCGCCUUCAUGCUGGUUUUGAGGCAUAUUGUUGAAGAUGAUGAAACUAUCAGACAGAUUAUGAGGAGUGAAAUCACUUCUAAUUUCGAGUCUAGGUCCUCUAGACAAACAGAUACUACUGCAUAUGUUCGACAAAUGUAUCACCUUGUACUCAGAUCACCUGAAAUCUUCGUGGAAGUGACAAACGAGAAAUUAAAACUACAACGAUAUGACCCGAAUCAACGACCUCAGAAUCUUGCAUUGAAAGUCACUGCACCCACAACCACGACGGAAAAGCCAGACCUAGCAGAGAAAGCAAUAGACAGUGUUGAAAGCAAUGAGACCGCAGGUGCCAAAGACAAAGGCAAGAUUACAGACAUCAAACCUCCAGUCGUGGAGAACCCUGAUGGUGUCAUUCACUACCUACUGUCAGAAUUGUUGUCCUACCGUGAUGUUGAUGAUAAGGAGCCUUCCCAGGAAAACGUGGAGGGACCAACAGUCGACCGCCCAGAAGCUCAAACUGACGUCGAAAUGUCUGCCUCUGCUGAAGAUCCCUCACCGUCUUCUUCUACUGCAGAUUUAACCAACACACGAGGCUCAAAGAAGUCCGAAAAACCCCCUUUCAAGGCUGAUGAUCAUCCAAUCUACAUCUAUCGUUGCUUUCUUUUACAAUGUUUGACCGAGCUUCUAUCCUCAUACAACCGGACAAAAGUGGAAUUCAUCAACUAUUCUCGUAAAGCUGAUCCAUUGGCAACUACACCAUCUAAGCCACGAGGGGGGGUUUUGAAUUACUUGCUCAAUUCAUUGGUACCCAUCGGGACACUAGAGCAUGAUGAAACCGUCUCAUUCAAGAAGCGCAGCAACACUUCUGCUUGUGCAAUGCGAGUUCUCGUUGCACUGUGUACUCGCACUGGCGAAUUUGGCGGGAACAACCGGCGGCGCAAUGCUGAAGAGGAAGAAGAAGAAAUCGAACUCCUUUUCGUUCGGCGUUUUGUUCUCGAGCACUGCCUGAAGGCGUAUAGAGAUGCUAUGGUUUCCAACGAAUUGUUGGACCUUAAGUACUCGCGUUUAAUGUGCUUAGCUGACCUUUUUGACAAGAUGCUUAGCGGCUACACUUUUGCCGGUGGUGACACCACUUAUCCUUCAUCGACUAGACAGCUCGCGAAGACCAUGUUUGAGAAGCAUUUCAUAUCAGCUUUGACUGCGUCAAUAGCAGACGUUGAUCUUAAUUUCCCAGCUUCGAAGAGGGUCAUUAAAUAUAUUCUUCGUCCGUUGAAUAAGCUUACUCAGACUGCCGUUAUCCUGAGCGAAACCUUGAGCAUUUCCACCUUGGGCGAGACAGAAGACGACGAAAUAUCGUCUGCAACAUCAGUCUCAGACGUGGACGAUAAUCGCGAAGAGACACCUGAUCUAUUUCGACACUCUACACUUGGCAUGCUAGAGCCAAGCCACGAGGAAGAGACCAGUGAAGAUGAAUCCGAAGAGGAUGACGAAAUGUAUGACGAUGAAUAUGAGGAUGAGAUGGACUACGAUGAAGAUCUACCCGAAGACCAUGGUGAAGUUGUGAGCGACGAAGACGAGGAUCUCGAGGGCCGUGGCCCCAUUGAAGGCCUAUCUGGAGAUCCUGGAAUGGAUAUCGAAGUCCUCCUUGAUGGAGAUGAUGACGAGGAUGACGAGGAUGAUGAAGACGAUGACGAAGAUGACGAUGAAGAUUCCGAUUUAGACGAUGAGGAUGAGAUUAUGGCCGGAGAAAUCACUGGGGAUAAUGCAAACGACAGCUUAGCAGGCGAUGAAGAUGAUGAAUGGGAAAGUGAAGAUGUGUCCGAAGACAACGAGGAGGCCGCGGAAAUGCUUACCCAGUUUGAGAACGAGCUCGCCGAUAUCAGACAAGUUGAUCAGCAUGGUGAUGGGCAGCGAUUUGAGGACAUCUUCCGCGUAUUACACGACGCUGGUGGUGGCGUCGAUGAUUUCCCUGGGAACAGCCUGCGGGAUGAUGUACAGGAUGAGCUGCUUGACGACGAAAUGAAUGAAGACGAAGACGACGACGAUGAAGUAGAUGAGCUUGAGGAGGAGCUCGACGAGAUGGAUGAAGAUCAAGUUUCUUAUGACGAAGGUCUCGAUGAUGAGGACAUUGAGCCUUGGGGCUGGGAGGGCGAGGAGGCACCAGUACCUAGGCAUCAUCACCACCACCAUCGCCAUAUGCGUGGGAUGCCUGCGGCAUGGACUACUCUACCUGGCAGCAUCAGCCGUCACGGUAUCAUUCCGAUCCCCCCUUACCGUUCUCAACGCAAUCAGGCCGCCUCUCGCAACAAUGAUGAUGGAACCAACCCGCUCCUUACCCGCUCCGAUCGUGGCCCAGAAGGCCCUGGACAGACCCGUGGCACAACAAACGAAGCUUUCACUGAUUGGGUCCACGGUGUUGAUUCUACGUCUGGUAAUCGUCUGCUUUCUAUGGAUAGCCCUGUGAGCUUUGUGAAUGCUAUUAUGCAGGCCAUCGAAGGCCAAGGUGGUCCAGGGUUUGGAGUUGUUAGUCGACCAGAUGGCAUUCACGUCCACGUUGAUCGACGAGCCAUAAUGCCCAGUAACCGAAUUCAAGGCAUCUUUGAAUUGGGUCGGUCACAAAACGCCUCUUCCAAAUCCCGCGAUGAUCCAUCUCAAGCAAUCAGCUUCGCUCUAGCAACAACUACUGCUCGAUGGCAAGAAGAAGCACGCAUUUUAUUUAGCAACAAUUAUGUUGAGAAAACCCAGCGUGUUGUGAACUCACUUUUACGUGUUCUGGUGCCUCCUUCUAUCGCAGAAGAGAAGCAACGUCAGAAAGAAGAGGAUGAAGCUCGAAAACGCCGGGAAGAAGAGCGGGCAGAGAGAGAGAGACUUGAGCGCCUUGCGAAAGAAGAGGAGGAACGUGAAAAGGCUCGAAAAGAGGAGGAAGAAGCCGCUCGUCGUCGAGAAGAAUUGGAGCGACAAGCUGAAUUAAGAGCUUCCACCGUAGAAGCCGAAGAAGUUGAUGAGGCCAUGGAGGACGUUGAUAGCGCUGCCUCUGUCGCUGAAGCUGCAGCCGAGCCUCAGGAAGCAGGCCCCUCUGAACCAGUACAACGCGUCUUCACCACAAUUCGAGGACGUCAAGUGGAUAUCACAGGGUUGGAAAUUGAUCCAGAGUACCUCGAGGCUUUGCCAGAAGAUAUUAGGGAAGAGGUCAUUAUGCAGCAGCUUGCUGAACAGCGUUCUCAAGCAGUAGCAUCUGGGGAGGAGCCGACUGAAAUCAGCCAAGAAUUCCUCGAGGCCCUGCCUGCUGAGAUCCGGGAAGAAAUCCUACAGCAAGAAGCUGCAGCUCGGCGUCGUCGUGAACGAGACUCUGCUCGCCGGCAAGCUACUUCAACUGGUGCUCCAGUCCACGCAGAAGAAAUGGAUCCGGCUAGUUUCAUGGCCACUCUUGAUCCGUCAUUGCGGCAAGCUGUUCUUGCGGACCAGCCAGACGAGAUUUUGGCUACCCUCGGCCCGGAAUUUCUUUCAGAAGCUCGUGCUCUUCCAGGUCGACGGCUUACACAAUUCGGCGAUGUUGGCCGAGGUGAACAGCGCCAUCACGAUGAAGCACAUGAUGAAGAGACAAGAAAACCACAACGCCGUCAGAUUGUGCAAAUACUUGACAAAGCCGGAGUUGCUACUUUGCUGCGACUAAUGUUCAUGCCUCUCCAAGGCAAUGCUCGCCACCAGUUGCAUGACAUUCUUCACAACGUAUGUGAGAAUCGUCAAAAUCGGAUUGAAGUGAUUAGCCUUCUACUUUCUGUACUUCAAGAUGGAAGUGGUGAUGUAGCUGCCAUAGAGCGAAGUUUUUCUCAUCUCUCGUUACGGGCUAAGAUGCCAGCUACUCAGAAAACUCCGCAAUCCUCCAAACGCAGUCUUCCAUCCCAAGCCGCAACCAGCGCCAAUAGUGAAGUUACGCCACUCAUGGUUGUUCAACAGUGUCUCAGUACGCUCUCGUUUCUAACCCAGUACAACCCACACAUAUCCUGGUUCUUCCUUACUGAACAUGACUCAUCCUCGAUGCUGAAGCUGAAAUCAUUACGGCGAGGCAAAGGAAAAGAUACCAAGGAGAACAAGUAUGCAUUGAAUUCGCUAUUGUCUUUGCUAGAUCGAAAGAUGAUCAUGGAAAGCCCGAAUUGCAUGGAACAACUGUCCAACCUCCUUAACACCAUCACACAGCCUCUUACCAUCCUCUUGCGACGGGAGAAGGAGAGACAAGAUGAGGCGAAAGACAAAGAACCACAAAUUACUGAUGUCGACGCUCAAGAUGCCACAUCUUCAGCUCCUAGAGUCGCCCAGUCUACCGAAAGCCAAGAUACGCAAAUGGCUGAAGCAGCGGUAGAUGCACCUAAUACGAGCGCAGAUGAAGACAAAUCCAAGAAACGCAUGAUCGAACCACCUGUUGUUCCAAAGUAUAAUCUACAGUUGGUUGUUGGCAUUCUCGCUGCUAAAGAGUGCAAUGGGAAAACAUUCCGAGACACGCUCUCUACGAUCAACAAUCUAUCGGCGAUCCCGGGUGCGAAAGAUACCUUCGGCCAGCAACUCAUAUCACAAGCACAAUCAUUGAGUGAAGUGAUUCUUGUGGAUCUUGAUGCACUCCUUCCUCAUAUUGAACAUGCUAGUUCUGGCACGGAUAUGCAGGGCCUGGCGCUUUCUAAAUUCUCUCCUCCCAGCUCAGACCAAGCGAAGUUGCUCCGUGUCCUAACAGCGCUUGACUACUUGUUUGAUCCUCACCGAGUUGACAAAAUCAAGGGCGCUGAGCCAGAGUCGGCACCCAAAGAGGAUGUUCUUCGCACCCUUUAUGAAAAUUCAAGUUUCGGACCGCUCUGGAACAGGCUCAGUGCAUGCCUUAACGUAAUUCGGCAAAAGGAGAACAUGCUCAAUGUGGCUACUACUUUACUUCCGUUGAUUGAGGCCCUCAUGGUUGUCUGCAAAAAUACGACUCUCAAAGACGCUCCGCUUUCGCGACAUGGCAGAGAGUUUUCUGUCGCAAGCCCACCCCCUGAUGCAGGCUCUGGCAUGGAAAGCCUUUUCUUCAACUUUACUGAAGAUCACAGAAAGGUUCUCAAUGAGCUUGUCCGUCAAAACCCUCGACUCAUGAGUGGAACAUUUUCGCUCUUAGUUAAGAACCCCAAGGUUCUGGAAUUUGAUAACAAACGGAACUACUUCACUCGUCGAAUUCACACCCGCGGCACGGAGGCCCGACACCCUCACCCUCCUCUGCAAUUAUCCGUACGAAGGGAUCAAGUUUUCCUUGACUCCUUUAAGUCUCUUUAUUUCAAGAGCGCCGACGAGGUGAAAUACGGCAAACUGAGCGUUCGUUUCCAUGGCGAGGAGGGUGUUGACGCUGGUGGAGUGACUAGGGAAUGGUUCCAAGUUCUUGCUCGUGGAAUGUUCAACCCCAAUUAUGCGCUGUUCAUCCCAGUUGCUUCUGAUAGAACCACGUUCCAUCCAAACCGCCUGAGCGGGGUCAACACAGAACACUUGAUGUUCUUCAAGUUCAUCGGUCGCAUCAUUGGUAAGGCACUGUACGAGGGCCGAGUUCUUGAUUGCCACUUCAGUCGAGCCGUGUAUAAGAGCAUUCUUGGAAAGUCUGUGUCGAUCAAGGACAUGGAGACGCUUGAUCUCGACUAUUACAAAUCUCUACUUUGGAUGCUGGAAAAUGAUAUCACGGACAUCAUUACUGAGACCUUCGCUAUUGAGACGGACGACUUCGGCGAAACACAGGUUAUUGACCUCAUCCCCGACGGCCGCAACAUCCCCGUUACUCAAGAGAACAAGGAGGAAUACGUACAGCGUGUAAUUGAGUAUAAGCUCGCUGGGUCUGUGAAAGAGCAACUUGAGAAUUUCCUGAAAGGUUUCCAUGAUAUAAUUCCACCUGAUUUGAUUUCCAUUUUCAAUGAACAGGAACUCGAGCUGCUCAUCUCUGGCUUGCCGGAAAUUGAUGUCGAGGACUGGAAAAACAGCACGGAAUACCACAACUAUUCAGCCUCGUCGCAACAGAUCCAAUGGUUCUGGCGAGCAGUCCGGUCUUUUGACAAAGAAGAACGCGCCAAAUUGCUCCAGUUUGUCACUGGUACCAGUAAGGUGCCUCUCAACGGCUUCAAGGAGCUGGAGGGUAUGAAUGGCUUUAGUAAAUUCAACAUCCACCGCGAUUAUGGCAACAAGGAUCGCCUCCCCAGUUCACACACAUGCUUCAACCAACUCGACCUUCCAGAGUAUGAUAGCUAUGAGGAUCUCCGACAACGAGUCCACAAAGCAAUUACUGCCGGGAGUGAAUACUUUGGCUUUGCAUAA